GCCAAAAAAGGAACCCCAUCGCCGCACCUCCACCGCCCGGGUGAUCUGUGACGCUCACCCAGGUUAUGUUGACAGUCGGGCCGCGAAGCCACCUCUAGCGAACACCCCGCGACCAGCCUGCACCGUCUGAAGCGUUUAUUACCGCUACUCUCAUGGUGUUACACGCCCUGAACCCUUUACCCUCAUGUAUCAUCUGGAAUAAGUGGAAGAUAUGCAGGACAGGUAUAACAAUAUAGGGUUUGUUCAGCAGAUAUUAAGUUUAAACUUGGUGCCGAGGCAAAAUGGCACCAAUCGAGGCAACGACACAUCUCUCAGUGAAUUCUCAGAGAUGUGGUACGGGGUGUUUCUGUGGGCAGCAGUGUCAUCGCUGGUGUUCCAUCUGCCGGCCGCCCUCCUCGCCCUCGCCACUCUACGGCAGCACAAGAUCGCCCGCUUCAUGCCCAUCGCCAUCCUCCUCAUGGGCUUCUUGGGGCCGAUCUGUGGAGGUGUCCUUACCAGCGCUGCCAUCGCUGGCGUGUACAAGGCAGCGGGGAAGACCAUGAUGUCUCUGGAGGCCCUGGUGUUCGGCGUUGGCCAGUCCUUCUGCAUCCUCUUCAUCUCCUUCCUCAGGCUCCUGGCCACCCUCUAGCCCCUCCACACAGCCUGCCUGGCUCUCCAAGCCCAACCCUAGAGCUCCCCCCCGCUCUCUGUCCCAACCAGACAGGGUACUCUCUGUCCAAGGCAAGAGGGACUGGGAGAGGUGUGGAGGAGCUCUGCGACCAGGGAACCGGACCAGAUGGCUUUGGUCUCUCGCCACUGACUGCAGCGGAAGUCCCAGCCACGUUCACUGGCGCUCUCUCUCUAUCGCUCUCUAUCGUCAGGGGUCUGUGUCACUCUUAUCAUGCUCUGUCGUCUGUCGUUGCCCUGGACCUGGUGUGUCUGAAGCCAGACUUUAUGGUCGGGAUACUCCAUGAGGCAAUGGAUGAAGAGACGGACAGCCUGGCAGACAAGCCAGCACAAAGACCUGUCUCGCGGUUAACGACGACGGGCAGAGUACCAAGAUAUGCAAGGCGUCGUCUGUUCUUUAAGGGGCCUUACUCUCUGAUCUAAACACAGAGGCUACACUCGUGUGGUCUAUUACGUCUUCAGGGAAGGUUUUUCCUUUUUAUUGUUCCUUUCUUCCCCAUGUUAAUUUCUUCCUUCUUUUAACUUCCUCCUUUCUUUCUCGAAGUGUAUUUUGAAAAAGCCUUUUCCCUCUUAUUCUGAGACGAUUCUAUAGAGAUAUAGAAUACACUAAUGCACAACGAUCUACAUGUUAAGUUCACACUUAAGCUUUAGGCCCCAAGUUUUAGGACUUUAGGACACAUUUUAGGACUGCAGUUGGUUGUCGAUGUUGAAUGCAGUCGAACUGGUUCUGUUGAUAAUUGUAUGAUGGAUAGGUGAAAAGCCCUUUUCAGCAAAGCUGAAGCAACGAAUGAUUCCUGGAACGCAUUUGUUAAUCAAAUCCCAUUCCAAUCUUAAACUCAGCACGAGCAUUCAAAGCUUCUUUUGUUAAAGCUACACGAAUGUAAAACCAUUGUCUUUUUGGUCGUCAGAAAUUAUAUAUUUUAGCAGAGUUGUAUAUUUUUGGGAAUCUAUGAUAUUUUAAUUUAUUGUGUGAGAACGCCUCAUUUACGCUGUGUGAAAUGAUUAGGUUAAUCUUAUAGCAUAUCCCUACAGAUCUCCACAUGACCAAAUCUGUAUAUUUGUGCACAGGGUGACUACUUCUAAGGUGAUUUUGUUUGCCUGUGUUUACUUUUGUCAUGGCAUUGUAUUGUGUACAUAGAGAGGUAAUUAUCACUGGAUCAAGUGUGUGUGUUUGUGUGCAAAAUUAGCCUUUUGAGGAAUAUUGAAUUUACUGUAACAUUUGAUUGCUUCAAAUGAGCCAUUUCUGAAUUUGUUGCUUUGAGCGACUUGUUAAAAGGCUGAGACAUUUUGAAGAUUUAUUUUCUACAGGUUGUAAUUCCCUGAUAUGAAUUGAUUUUUGUAUUGUAAUUUUGACAAUUAACGCUAAGUUCUUCACAAGACCAAGACUGGAAGUUUAGAGGAUAACUAUUUUUAAGUGAAAUCACAUUUUUCAUUCUUUGAUUCAUUAAACACUUUUAUAUUCUUCUGACAUUGAUAUUGAUGACAAGGCAAUAAGGAAAGAGUGUGUGCAUAGAGUAGGAAGCGAUAGUUGUGAACAACGUUUUACUGAUCCCCUUCAAGACGAUUCGUUUUCUCUCCAUGCUGAAAACCAAAGAGAGCUGAUGCAUCUGUGUCUGGCCCCAUCAGGCCCAGCAUAACUGGCUAAAAAUGUUUCAUCACUGAAUGCCCAAAAGGUUCCUACUGGUUCGGGAUUAGAAUGCACUGACAUAAUUUGUAAUUGUCAUUAAAAGCUACUCAGAUUGGGGGUGUUGUUGCAGGAGCCAUGGAUUCAGAUUUUUAUUUUUACCAGUGUCAAGAAGUACAACAGGUUUUCACCUAAGUUGCAUCCAGAGUGGUUCUAAGAAUGUUCUUACCCUGUAAAAAAAUGCAGGUUGCCUUGUAAAAACGAUUAAAUAUUUUGAUCUUUAGUGUGUUGACAGCUUAUUUUUUACAAUUGUUUUAUUUUUUAUAUUCCAAAUGUUUUGACACUUUCUGCCCACAUACUUUUUUGUCUUGAACACGUCUUUUCAUUUAUAUUUUUAUUUAUUUUAUUGUUACACUGGCUGUGUGGGUGUGCAUAGAUAUUCUACCAAGAAUGUCAUCGAUUACACUUAAGUACUCUUGCUAGCCAAUCGUUAAAGAUCAAUACAGGUCCCAACCAAGAGCUGUUUGAUCCUGCCUUUGGUUUCACCCUAUGUGAUUAAUUCCGUCCCAACAGCUUAACUUCAGUGGAACGUAUUACUUAAAUAAUACGGAAUGUCAUGGGUCUGAGAUCAGACUGAAGUAUGGAAGUGAUGGAUUUAAAAGCAUUUGGAAAAUUAAUGAAUUGUUUCCCAACACCAUGUGACCCUGUGUGUAUAUCCUCCAGCCGCUGGACACUUUUACAAUGAUGCCCCACCAAGGUAGAAGUUGUGUUACUGCGGUUUUAUGGGGAUUCAGGGUAAACUUAUUUUUUUGGAUUAAAAUCUGAUUCAUGAAACCCAUCUUGUUCCAUUAGUUAAACUAUUGGGAUGAAAUCCAGAUGGUUAACGAAAGAUCCCUGGGGAAUAUUUUAUAUGCCAUCCAGUUCCAAUGUUGUAACGAUCGACAUUAAGGUCUCCUUGAAUGGGC